AUGACUAUGUCCGCUGACCAGCAAUCUCUGAGAGAUGAGAUAGCCGACCUAGAGAGGCGUCUGGAAGAUGCCAAAUCCCGAUUGAGCCCCAGCACUGUCAUUUCGACGAAUCCUACGCCCGCGAAUGAUGCAGCUCUCCACGCUCUACUUCUCCUGGCGGACUCCGCGCUCCCUCUAGGCUCAUUCGCAUUCAGCAGCGGGCUAGAGUCUUACCUAGCGCACCACAAGCCCUCGCCGCCGUCGGCCUCACAGCUGCCCUCGUUCCACACGUUCCUCCGCCUAUCUCUGUCUACCCUCGCCAGCACCGCGCUGCCAUACGUACUCGCUGGGUAUCGUCAUCCCGAAGAUGUGGAGACACUGGACAAUGACUUUGAUGCGAGCACGCCGUGUACUGUCGCGCGACGGGCAAGUAUAGCUCAAGGGCGCGCGCUGCUCACCGUGUGGGACCGCAGCUUCAAGGCGCAUAACAGUACCACCACGGAAGCCCCUAGUGGCCACGAUGGAGAAGGGAACGCCGUCAACAAGGCUGUGAUGGACUCUCUGGCAUCAUUCUCGAAAGCGGUUCGCACGUCGGACAAUAUCAACGCGCACCUCGCCCCGCUCUGGGGAUUGAUUACCCGCGUCCUCGCUGUACCGCUGCACGACUCAGCGUAUCUCUUCCUCUUCUCGCACGCGCGUACUGUGAUCAGUGCCGCGGUGCGCGCAAGUGUGAUGGGACCGUAUCAGGCUCAAGCGGUGCUGGCAAGUACCGAGCUUCAGGACAGGAUAAGAGGGCUGGUCGAGGAAGGGUGGGAUAGGACGGUGGAGGAUGCAGGACAAAGCGUACCGGUCAUGGAUCUCUGGGUUGGACGGCACGAGAAGCUCUACAGUCGCAUCUUCAAUUCAUGA